AUUUAUAUGCACAGAAGUUAUCCCAGAGGGAAAAAGGAAGACAGAGGAGGUCUUAGAUAGUUGUCGCCCGGAGUCUACAAAGAACAGGAAAAUAAAAGUUACAUCAAAAAAGCUGAUCUGUCGCAAAACUCCUUCUUGUGAGGAUGGGGAAGAACCCGGAGUGGUCUGCAAACUAUUGACAGUCGAAGAAAUCAAACUACCGAAUAAACAAAACCCAAUCAAACAGAACAAACCAACAAUGAAUAAUAGCUCAAAAAAUAUUAAAAGUCUAAAGAGCUAUAAAGACCUAUUGAGGAGAUGUCGAAGUAAAUCCAGUGACCGUUCGAAAAAUGAAGGGAAAAAACGGCAACCCUGUAUAAGGAAGGGCGACGAACAGAAGAACGAGACUAAACGUAAAGAAGAAAGUGAAGAUAAAGAGUGUUAGGUACAAUGCUAGAAGGGGGUAAGGUUAAACAUACAUGUUCAAAAUUAAAAGUGUACAAACUGUAGAAAAACAGUAAAAGUAAAUAAAAUACAUAAAAUGUGUAAUAUAUU